AUCUUUCUGCUACGUUGCAUGCACGUUGAAUGAUACACAAUCAAUAUACUGAACUCUACAGACCGUAGUUCUCGUGAUGUGACACAUGUGAAUAUUUAUAUACAUCUAUAAUUACUAUCAGAUUUCAAUACGAAAGAAACAGAUAAAGUUAGCUUUCUAUCUUUUUAGUUAUGUAGGUUUAUGUUAGGUUAGGUUAGGUUAGGUUUAUACACAUCUGAUAUGUGUAGCAUUCAGUAAUUUAAUCCGAAAUAUCCUGAACUGGAGGUGGAAGGUAUUGACGUUUGGUAUGUAUAGUGGAACAUAAAUAAAUACUGUAACAUCGACAGGAAUUGCUGGUGUGUAAUAUGUAUGGGUAAAAAAAAUAUCUCUAUUGAAGGAGAUCAAAGCAGUGACAUAAGCAUGACGCGAACGGACAGGAAAAGACAUCGCAAUGUUGAAGAGGAAUCAAGUGAAUUUAUGCCAUUAAGUAAACGAAUUAACAAUCUUCAUAUUAAUGGUUUAUCUUGCGGCCUGCGAGAGAGCAUGGUGGAAAGUGCAGUGGAGAGCAUGGAGACGGAUUGGGAAAGUGGACAUUUUAUAUCGUCUCCGAGCUGCUCAGAGGUGUCUCAGAACUCAUCUCCUCGAGAUAAUUGUGGUUCCAGCCAAAGUAAUUUCACCAUUGAUUACAGACCAGAUUUAGAUGCAACGGAAAAUCCAUUUUAUUAUGAGAGCAAUAAGUUGCUCUUUUCCUUAUAUAUGGAGCGUAUGCAGAGGAGUCAAAUCUGUAUUGAUAAAUGUACACAUUAUCCAUUCUGUUCUAACUACAAAGCUUCCUCUUAAAGUUUCGCUUCUUUCUCUAUACUUCUAUAUGAUCUAUUUUAACAGCGUUUAAUUUUUCUUAUUAUUAACUAUGCAAAUAAUAAAAUACUAUUGGUGAAUAAUAUAAUAGAUAAAAUUUUUGUAAGAGAUAGCAAUGCAAACACAAUCCAAUAAUGUUCGUCUAGAUAAUUAAGCAUUUUUUAAUGGUGUAUAAAAUUUCUAUAUAAAUGAGACUAUGAAUUACAUAACAUUGUAAAAAAUACAGU